UCCUUUCUUUUUAAGCCUCAGGGUGCAGGAGAGUAGGAUACAGAAUCUCUGCAGCAGCUCUGUGCUAUAGCUGAUUACAGACUGACCUACGCUGCAGUUUCCGCUGACUUGUGGGGGCCUCGGGUAUCUCACUGAUCCCCCCAAAUUUCCUUGCUCUUCGACAUCCACCGCUGGAACCCAUGAGAUUCUUCCGGCUUACCUUUAAGUGCUUUGUGGACGGUUUCUGACUUUCCCCCUCUCCCCUUUUAUUUUCUAUCCCUUUUUUUGGAUUUUUUUUAUCCACUCAAAUCUCAAUUGCCAAAUUGGUUGAUUUUUCUAUUUUAAUUUCUUGUACUGUCAUUUGUUCUUCUUUUUAUAGUAUUAUUUAUUAUUUAUUGCAGAGGUGGGUCGGGGGGGGGGGGGUCUGUCAGGGCCAGAAGCAGGUGCUAGUGAGAGGAGCAAAGAUCCGGGGUGGGUGUGUUGGUCCUGUCAGGAGAGGGUUAAAGAGCGGCCGUUGGGCUGAGGAUGGAGAAGCGGAGAUUGUCCUUGGAGAACGGCAGCUACACAGUAAACCUGGAGGAGAAAAAUGGACAACUUAUACCGAACGGAAAUGGACAUCUUACUGACCUGUGUCAUAAUGGAUCGAUCAAAGGGGGCAUCAUCUUCCCCCAAAAGACCAGGGACGCCAUCCCCGAGAGAGAGACUUGGACGCGGCAGAUGGAUUUUAUAAUGUCUUGUGUGGGCUUUGCUGUUGGACUGGGAAACGUAUGGAGAUUCCCCUACCUGUGCUACAAGAAUGGAGGAGGUGUCUUUCUCAUUCCCUAUGUCCUGAUCGCCAUCUUUGGUGGAAUUCCCAUUUUUUUCCUGGAAAUAGCGCUGGGACAGUUUAUGAAAGCCGGAAGUAUUGCUGUGUGGAACAUAGCUCCUCUUUUCCAAGGAAUCGGCUUCGCAUCCGUGGUAAUAGUCUUUUUCUGCAACACGUAUUACAUCAUGAUCUUGACGUGGGGCGUUUACUACCUGGUGAAGUCGUUCACGUCCGUGCUGCCCUGGUCACAGUGCAACAACACCUGGAACACCCCAGACUGUGUUGAGAUCUUCCGACACCAUGACUGCAGCAAUGGUACUGCAAACUCCACCUUUGGGAAUCUCACCUGCGACGAGCUGUCUGAUAAGGUGUCUCCGGUCACCGAGUUUUGGGAGAACAAAGUACUGAGGCUUUCUAGUGGUCUGGAUGACAUAGGAUCUAUAAACUGGGAGCUGCUUCUGUGUCUGCUUGCCUGCUGGACACUUGUCUACUUCUGUGUCUGGAAGGGAGUUAAGUCUACUGGAAAGAUUGUCUACUUCACAGCCACGUUCCCCUACGUUGUCCUGCUGAUUCUUCUUGUUCGUGGUGUCAUGUUGCCGGGUGCUACUGAAGGCAUCAUAUACUACCUUAAGCCCGACUGGUCCAAGCUUUGGACUGCCCAGGUGUGGAUUGAUGCCGGGACACAAAUCUUCUUCUCUUAUGCCAUAGGACUCGGAGCCCUGACAGCGCUGGGCAGCUAUAAUCGCUUUAAUAAUGACUGCUACAAAGAUGCCUUUAUCCUUGCAUUAGUUAACAGUGGGACCAGUUUCUUCGCUGGCUUUGUGGUCUUCUCCAUUCUUGGAUUUAUGGCAAAUGAGCAGGGUGUGGAUAUUUCAAAAGUGGCUGAAUCGGGGCCUGGCUUGGCUUUCAUCGCUUAUCCCCGGGCUGUGAGUCUGAUGCCAGUGGCGCCUCUCUGGUCCGCUCUGUUCUUCUUUAUGCUGCUUCUCCUCGGCUUGGACAGCCAGUUUGUGGGAGUGGAAGGAUUCAUCACCGCCAUCCUGGACUUACUGCCAGCCCGAUAUUACUUCCGCUUCCAGCGAGAGGUGGCUGUGGCCAUUUGCUGUACGGUCAUGUUCUUCAUUGACCUAUCCAUGUUGACAGAGGGCGGCAUGUAUGUUUUCCAGCUGUUUGACUAUUACUCGGCCAGCGGAAUGACUCUCCUGUGGCAGACAUUUUGGCAGUGUGUAGUCGUUGCCUGGGUGUAUGGAGCUGACAGAUUCAUGGAUGAUAUUGCCCGUAUGAUUGGUUACCGUCCUUUCCCUUGGAUGAAGUGGUGCUGGUCUGUGAUUACUCCGUUCGUCUGCAUGUCCAUAUUCAUCUUCAACCUAGUGAACUACAAGCCUCUGACGUACAACAAGACCUACACGUACCCGUGGUGGGGCGAGGCCAUCGGCUGGUGCUUUGCUAUGCUAUCCAUGCUGUGUGUUCCUGUGACCUUCCUUUAUAAAAUCGCACGUGCCAAGGGAACACUGAAAGAACGUUGGCAGCGUUUGACUGAACCCGUCUGGGGAGCUCACCAUCUAGAGUACAUGGCACCUGAUCCAGAUGUCAAGAGCUUGACCAGCAUGAGCCCGGUGUCAGAUAAUAAAAUAAUCAUCUUCGAGAGCGUUAUGUGAAGUGAGCGUCCACCAACUGCGAUCCCCGGAGCUUUUACUCGUGUGUCCCAGUCUCCAUCUUCCUGCUGAUCUAGAACCGACACUAGUUUCCCAAUGCCUACAUCUCCUCAUACUGAUGAAGCAGAUUUUAUUGUCCCACAUCUUAUGAAGCAUCUUCCAGCUGUGCUUGAUGGAACAUGGAGAAUUUACGGUGGUAGGCCCUCCCGAUCUCCUGGAUAUGGUCCUUAUCAGAGACGAUUUGUGAAUGUGACUGUACAGACCAAAAUUGUAACAGUUCUUUUUAUCUCACUAAAUGGGUAGAAUGAGAUGGUAAAUAAGUGAACAUUUAGCUGAAAUUCCCCAUCCCCACAUCAUCAUGGUCUGAAAUCGAGUACCUGAAUGGUACGUUUAAAACAAGACUGUAUUUACAAUUGGUGGUGCUGCCCUCAACACAACUCGACGGUGUUGCUGGAGAGGUCGGCACGGAGAGCAGUACAUUGGGCUGUGCCGCCUUUCAGUGGCUAGUUCCAAUGAGCCGCAGACAACUGCUACUUUGCCUAAUUGUAAAUACAGAACCGCAAGUGGACAGUCACCCCAAACCAAUGUCACCUUCACUUCACCAACAGUUUGCUUAGCAAACAAGUUCUAGAUAGUCUCAAUGAAGGAGAUGUUCAAGGCUGGAAGAAUUGCAAAGGGAAUCCUGAUGCCAAAUGAAUCACGUGGGGGAAUACAGUGAACAGAUAUCACUGCAACAGCAGAUUUGCUUUUUAAGGGGUUUUGCCAAAUGCUUUUGCGAUAUCAAAACAAAUCCAUGUCUUCCUUUUACUACCAGGAACACUCAUCCCGAAAUAUCACUGCUAGCAAAUAGCAGGGCAGGCACCCACAAUGCACUGCAGUGCGGUGCUUGCCAAUGUAAGUAACACUUGUGUUUGCAAGGAUUGGUCUUGGAUUACUGGGCGCCAACAGUCAGCCAGAAGUCACACGGUGAAUUUAAAACACUAUCGCUGACAGGAUUAACCCCUAGAGGCGUCCGCAUCACCAUCCGUUGCAUUGCUUAUAUCCAACACCCCUUGCAGUAAAGCCGUUUUAUAAUGGUCAGGUCUUUCCGCUUGGCACAUUGUAACACCCGUAUGCAUCACUGCAGAAAACAGCAAAAGCUAAAUUUGCACUUUUUUUAAUUUUAUUUUUUAUCAGUAUAUGUGUACAUGUAUGUUGUUUGUACAGGCGACCCGUGAGGAAACCAAAAGUAUUAACAGACAUGUAUAACACUAAAUCGCUGCUCGUCCUCUGCUGCUAUAGUUACUGCUGUGGCGGGUGUCCAUUUUGUGCCUCGACAUACUGUACAGUUAAAUCUAUGCAUCAACCAAUGCACACGUCAGUGUGCUCAGCAAUACAUCAUGUGUUUCCCCCUCACUCGCAUACAUUUACAACAUUUUCAGUCAGGCAGUAUUAAAACCAUGUGGGCCCAAAACUGCCUCAAAGACAAGGUGGGCGUGCAAGGAAAGAUUGACCGAAAAACUUAAACAUCCCAUAAACAAAAUCCCGACAUUGCCUUCGAGUAACAGUACUCGGUGUGUGAAUAUUAAUUUAAGCUAAGGCUUCCGAAUUAAUGGUAUUGACAUAUAAUACGUUAUGGGGCAUGCUGGGAAGGUACGUCAUGGCGAGAUGCAUCAUGGAACUCAGGAGACGUUUCCAAAACAAAAAUGCCUGUAGCAUUAAUUGAAUAUCAUUAUUUAUUUAUUUUUUGGGGGGGGAUUUACUGAUAGAUAAAUGACACAAAUACUCCUAAAUCAUGAUUUAUUUUUAAAUUAUGUGAACCAAUAAUGGACUGGAACCGUUCGUGCUUCCCAUCCCAGCAACCUUAAGCAGCAGAAUUAUCACGCUCAUGAGCUUUUAAAAGAUGCAAAUUUCUAAUUUUGUUAUAAAUAUUUUUGUGCCGCAGAAAAACAAUGUAAUUUUUUAUUUUUAUUUUUUUGGUGGGAAAAAACAAACAAAAACAAAAAAAACAAUGUAUAGAGAAGUUUUUAUCGAGAAAAAAAAAACAUGGAAAAGAUUGCUAUAUUUUGUGACUUUUUGAAAGACGAGAGACCCAGUGUUACUUGUGUGAUAAAAGAUAUUGAUCUGUAUUUUGUAAUCGCUGUGAUACAGUAUGCAGCGGUGAACAUGUGAAGCAUACUUGCCUACCUGACCCUCUCCAUGAGGGAGAAAAUGCUCUGUUCCUGGACUUUCCUGGUAAUGUAUGAUUGCCAUCACCUGUGGUGAAAUAACCUUUCCUAUCAAUUAACUAGCUCA